AUGCACCAUCUUCGUGGCCAGGGUUAUGAUGGUGCCAGCUCGAUGGCUGGUAAACCGCAUGAGCAUGUGUUAGCGGUGGCUCUGCCUCUGUCAAAGAAGCUGCAGACCAGGAACAUCGACAUGAGCGCCGCCAUUGACGAGAUAGAUGUGGUACAGCAGGCGAUCGAAAAUGACCGCAAGAAUGCGACUGCUUCCUUCUUGAAGAUCUUUGCACAAGUACAGGAAUUGCGAAAGGACUGGAUGUGGAAAUCACCAGCCGACGAGCCGGUGUCCAACAGCAGGAUCCGCUUUUCGACGGUGGACCACCAGAUGGUGUCCUCUACCCAACACUUGGACCCACGACGCCAACGUCCUCGCGUGCGGCUCGUGUAUGGUGGUCACGACCAGCGCGUGUCCGAGUCACAUUGGGCCAUCGUGGUGGCCCUGGUGGCUUCCCUGAGCAUCGUGAUCGCCUUCUUCGUGUUCGUCGCGCUCGCGUUUGCCACGCGCUCGAGUGAGGACAACCAUCGCCUCGAGCACUGCGACACGCCAGCCUGUCGAAGCUUCGUGCAGCUCUUGGCUGCCAGCAUGGACACCAGCAGCGAACCGUGCGACAACUUCUACAGGUUCGUGUGCGGGAAAUGGAAGAGCAGUCGCUCGGUGUACCAGGAGCAUUUGUCCAAGUUCUUCGAAGAACUCGCCACUGCACUGAGGGAUGCCCGAGGUCUUGACAACGAGAAGACAGUGUCGGGAAAGGCGGCCAGUCUCUAUGCUGGCUGCGAGUCAGUACUUCUGGGAGGAAAUGACGACAUAGACGGCUUCCGAGAAGUGCUAAGCGAAGCCCAACUCUCUUGGCCAAAGCUCGAAGGUGCAGCGGAUGUUCUGGCGACAACAUUCCGGAUCAGAAAAUAUUUCGACAUUGCCUCGUUACUCAAAAUCACUAAGCUUGCGAAAAGUGCACCCGACAGCUCGACCGAGUCCAAGUUCCUGCUUGAACCGGGCGAUGUCCUAAAAUCGAAAAGUUACACGCAUAGGCUAUCUUGCAAUAACAAAUUCUACAACUCAUCUACGAUGUGGACAAACGCCUCUGCAAGCUACGAAUUCUUCAACCUAGUACUCAGCAUGGUAGCGGGUCCGAACAGCAGCCAUGAAUUUCUUAUCUUGCACGACAGCUUCGUCAGCAUAGGCGAAGAUUUCCGGGAGGCCAUUCAUCCAAUAACGAAUAGAACGGCGUUAGUGAGUCCCUUGACAGACACUUCGACCCUUUCGAUGUUCACGCCACAUUUCAACAAAACGCGCUGGAGCGACUUCUUUUCAAAGAACUUCAACACUGACGACACGGACAUCGUCAUAAACGUAACUGACGUUCACUAUUUGACUGCGUUCAGCGACCUCGCCAACAAGUGGAACGAGAGCGUUAUGGUGUGGUGCACGAGUUGGCUAGCUGUCGCAGAAAUGGCGCCCUUCAUGAGCAAGGACAUCGCUCUUCACAGGUUCAUCACCGAGACCACAGGCGAAGCUGCACCGAGGUAUUGCCUCGAACUGACAGAAAGACUCCUGGGAGCAGCCACCUUCAGCGCCUAUGCCAACAAGGCGUUUACCAAGGACGUGGUCGAAGAAAUACGCGCCUCAACCCUCGCUCUGCUGGCACCUAUCCAGGCGAAGAUGCUCAAGAGCACCUGGCUCAUUUCUCCCAGCAUUUACGACAUCGUCAAUGCGACCGAUUUCUUCUCAAUACUCAUCCAGGCUAGAGCGUAUCAACAAGAGUUGGACGCGAGUCUAACACGAAACAAUACGGCGUCCAUUGCCCGUAACUGGGUGAGCGCGGUUCGCCUGCGCACUGAGCUGUUGGACAAAGCUGCCGCUUUCUCCCGGACAACACACCUGGAAGAUGUUCACACAGAGCCUUCGUAUACAUUCUUCCACGCUGCGACUAGUACAGUCCGGCUCCCGCUCUAUGCGUCGAUGCUGCCGAUGUACGACCGCGGCCUCACGAGAGGAAUCAGGUUCGGGACGCUGGGUGUUUUGUUUGCUCAGGCAACCUUCCGAGGCCUGCUAGCCCGAGUGAGCCAGGGCAACGCCAGCCACCCCGACGACCAUUUGCGCUGCUUCUCGGGUCCUUCCGGAAACGGGUCCUAUUGUGUGGACUACGACAGAGCCGUCCCUCUGGAGAUGCUGGAGGAGCUCGUGGAACAAGUGUUACCACUUUCCGGCCGCAACGAGCUUGACAUUGAGCCACGACUAGAAGAAAUGCAAGCGUUCUUCGUGUCCAUGUGCUACCUGCUUUGCAGUCCCGAAGACGGCAGAGACGCCAGUGCCAAGUCCAAGCAAGCCUGCAACGAGGCAGUGAGGCACUCUCGUCUCUUCUCCAAGGCGUUCAACUGCUCCUUGGGCACGAAUAUGAACCCCCCGGACAAAUGCGAAUUUUUCUGA